AUGAACCAAAUGGAUCCACAAGCGAAGAAACAAAAGCUUAGCACAUCAGAAAUCGCUAGUCCCUCUGUCUCCAACAUGGAACUAGUCGAGAAGAAGAAAACGAGAAAGCAAAAGGUGGACGUGGGCAAAGCGAUGAGGGAGCAAAACGACGCCGCUAUGUUCCUUACGGAGAAAGUUAUCUGUGCCGUGGCCAGAAACUCAAACUUCGUCUUCUCUCCGGCAUCAAUCAACGCCGCACUCACCAUGGUCGCUGCUACCUCCGAAAACGAAACACUGAGAUCCUUCAUCUUCUCCAUCCUUGGAUCUUCCUCAAUCGAUGAGCUCAACGCCGUUUUUCACGAGAUUGCUACAGUCGUCCUCGCCGACGGAAGCGAGAGCGGUGGCCCUAAGAUCUCGGCCGUUAAUGGAGUGUGGAUGGAUCAAUCGAUACCUUUGAAUCCCUCCUUGAAGGACCUCUUUGAGAAUUUCUUCAAGGCUGCUUUCUCUCAAGUUGACUUCCAAUUGAAGCGUGAGCAAGUGCGCAAGGAGGUGAAUUCGUGGGCUUCAAAGCACACCAAUGGUCUCAUCGAAAGUAUUCUUCCUCCUGGAUCGGUCAAGAGUGACACCAUAUGGAUUUACGGAAACGCAUUGUACUUCAAAGGAGCCUGGGAACACAAAUUCCGCAAGCCUUUGACGAAUGACAGAGACUUUCACCUUCUCAAUGGCACCUCAGUCUCUGUGCCCUUCAUGAGGAACCAUAGGAAGCAAUACAUAGAGGCUUACGAUGGUUUCAAGGUCCUUAAGCUCCCAUUUCGACAAUGCGGCGAUAUCAGUCGCCAGUUCUCAAUGUACUUCUAUCUCCCUGAAGCCAAUGAUGGAUUGGAUGAUCUGGUGAAGAGAAUGGCCUCUACUCGUGGGUUCUUGGAUAGCCACAUUCCAAGCCAAGAAGUUCACGUUGGUGAAUUUAGAAUCCCAAAGUUUAAGAUCGAAUUCGGGUUCGAGGCCUCAAGGGCUUUCAAUGAAUGGGAUCUGGAAGAGGUUUCAUUGCACCAGAAAGCUUUUGUCGAGAUCGAUGAAGAUGGUGCAGAAGCUGCGGCUGUUACUGCAUGCAGGGGUGGUGGGCGUGGGCGUGGACCGAAGAGGAUUGAUUUUGUGGCUGAUCAUCCAUUCCUUUUUAUGAUUAGAGAAGACAAAACUGCAUCAGUUUUGUUCGUUGGUCAAAUCUUUGAUCCUUCGAAAUCUGCUUCUGUUGUGAAUGCUUUUACAUGUGAAAAAUUAACAUCUGUGAUUCUGAUCUUUGGACUCGUUGAUAGUAUCUCAAGUCUCAACUCCGACAGUAACUUGAGAGCCAAGGAAAUAAAACAAACUUGUGCAGCAAGCAGUAAAUCAAAUACUAACAAAAAAAGCAGAUCCUUCUCUCUCAAAGAUGGAUCGCAAAAAGAAGAAAAAGCAAAAACUCAGCAAAUCGCUAUAAUCGCAAGUCCCUCCUCUGUCACAGAGAUUGACGUGGGAAAAGCGAUGAAGAAGCAAAACGACGUCGCUAUGUUCCUUGCGGGGAAAGUAAUCUCUACCGUAGCCAGAAACUCUAACUUUGUCUUUUCUCCGGCGUCAAUCAACGCCGUCUUAGCUAUGGCGGCUGCCAGCUCCGGCUCCGAAGACGUCGUCAAAGAUACCCUCUCCUUGCUCAGAUCAUCCUCAAUGAAUGAGCUCAGCGCUGUAUAUGGCGAGAUCGCUUCAGUGGUUCUCGCCGACGGCAGCAUGAGCGGUGGCCCCAAAAUCGCAGCGGUUAAUGGAGUCUGGGUGGAGAAAUCACUCCCGUUUAGUCCCUCGUCUAAGGAUCUCUUGGUGAAUUCCUUCAAGGCUAACUUCGCUCAAGUCGAUUUCAAAUCAAAGGCUGAACAAGUGCGUAUGGAAGUGAAUGAAUGGGCUUCAGAUCACACCGAUGGUUUCAUCAACAAUCUUCUUCCUCCUGGAUCCGUUACAAGAUGGACCGAAUGGAUUUAUGGAAGCGCAAUGUACUUCAAAGGAGCUUGGGCACACAAAUUCAGCAAGUCAAUGACAAGAGACGAAGACUUUCACCUUCUCAAUGGAACCUCAGUCUCUGUACCAUUCAUGAGCAGUGGUGAGAAGCAAUACAUAGAGGCUUACGAUGGUUUCAAGGUCCUUCAGCUUCCUUAUCGACAAGGCCACGAUGAUACCAACCGCGAAUUCUCAAUGUACUUCUAUCUACCCGACAAGAAAGAUGGACUGGAUAGUCUUUUGCAGCAAAUGGCAUCUACUCAAGGAUUCUUGGACCGUCACAUUCCGAGCCGUGAAGUUAAAGUUGGAGAAUUAAGAAUUCCAAAGUUUAAGAUCGAAUUCGGGUUUGAAGCUUCAAAGGUUUUCGAUGAUUUGGAACUCAAAGUAUCAUUGUACCAAAAGGCUUUGAUCAAGGUCGAUGAAGAAGGCACUGAAGCUUUCGCUGCAGCUGCUUUCGUUGGCAGAUACUUCGGUUGCCGUUAUGUGCCAAUGAUAGAUUUUGUGGCUGAUCAUCCAUUUCUUUUCUUGAUUAGAGAAGACCAAACCGGGACCGUUCUGUUCGCUGGUCAAAUCUUAAAUCCUUCCAUAUCUUCUCCUACUUAG